UACCCAAAGGAUAAAGUCCAACAGUGAGUCCUCAGUUUCCAUUCGCCAUUUCACGGUAAAUGAUCACAUCUUCUUGUUUUCCAUGUACACAUAGAAACGAAGCUCCAUAGUCUUAAAAUGUCAGCAAUUUCAUCAAAUUUUCCGAAAUUAAUCUGAACAAUAUAUCGUCUAUGAAUGGCAUAAGUUUGAAACUCAGUUCCAUGUCUGUUGUGUUUGGCAAGUCGAUACAUUUGCUUAUGUGUGUAAAUGUAAUGAAGUGUGGGUUUAGGUGCAAUAAGAAAUGAUCAUAAAGGGCGUGUUCCGUAGAUAUGAAAGGUGGAAUCCAGUGCACCCAACUUAUGGAGCCUUCUGGGGAAUUGGAAUUGGAAUCGGGUGUGGAGUGGGAUGGGGACCUGGUUUUGGUCCUGAGGUGAUUGGUUAUGUUGGAGCAGGCUGCGGUGCAGGGUUUAGUGUGGGAAUCACUCUAGCUGGAAUUGGGAUUGGGCUUCCUGCCAAUGACUUCUUCACAGCUCCUUACAAUGCAUUCAUGGCUACGAGAAGUGGUGCUCUAGAUGUUGCUCGAUCGAGUGGUCUACUGAGCAUCCGAAAUGAUGGCAGGGAGGGUUGGUUUAACUUGGAUCCACAGAUUUCUGGUUUGCAGCAGAAAAUAGGAGGGGCAUUUUCUACCUUAACAGUGAAAGGUUCUUUGAAGAAUGCCAUAGAUUUCUCUGACUUGAAAACCCAAAGUGUUUUGCUUACAAAAGGUUUUUUGGAUCAAAUGAAGACGAUUAGCAAGCAUGAAAGUAAAGGUUCAGAAGAUGAAUAGCGCAAUGACAUUGUUGAGUGUAUGUUAUGAGUAUUUGAAUGGCUUUUUCAAAACACACCGGCAUACUUCUCCGAUUAGUGCGGAGAAAUUUUCCUCAAAUAAACAAAGAAGAGAAUACGUUACUUGUGCAUUCGGAAAACAAAAACCGAAGACGAGAAAAUGAAAAACAGUGAAUUUAAGUAAACGCAGCUGGUCAUUUGUUUUAGUGUAAUCUUCAAAUUAUUCCAAUCUUGUCAUUUUCCUUGUAUAUGUUGCUUUUUCUUCUGGCUUUAUCAUGUCUGCCACUCCUUGUAAAGUUUUGCAAUAUCCAUAUUGAAACCUUAUGAUCAUCUCAUUUCCAAAACAAGCUUUAUGUCUUGCUGAGGUUGCCUUUUUUGACUCAAAUGUUUUUUUGCCAAAGUUGGAACAUGUACUCACAUUAUUGGUAUUAGCUGAAAA